ACUAGCACACCUUCAGAAGCAUCAGGAAGAAGUGAUAAUCUGCAGAGACCGAGUUUAUUGAAGGACAGAGAGAACAUGAGAGAUCCAGAACCCUGCAGAAUCAAACACACUGAAGAACAAACAGAGUUGAUUGAAGAAAAUGAGUAUAAUGAAGAACUGAAUGAAGAGGAGAAACAUCAUGACAAAACUGGUGAAAAACCUUUGAGUUGCUCUCAAACCAGACAGAAAGAUUUAAAGAAAAGCAGAGACAGGAAAUCUUUCACCUGCACUCAGUGUGGAAAGAGUUUCACAAACAAACAGAAUCUCAAGGUUCACAUGAGGAUCCACACUGGAGAGAAACCAUACAGAUGUGAUCAGUGCGGGAAGAGUUUCACUCAAUCAGCAAACCUUAAGACCCACGUAAACAUUCACACUGGAGAGAAACUGUAUGAAUGUGAUCAGUGUGGAAAAACAUUUUUGUGGGCCUCAGCACUGAAGAGUCACAUGAAAGUUCAUUCAAAGGAGAAACCACAUUCAUGUUCUUUGUGUGGAAAGAGAUUUUCACAUCUGCAGAGUUUAAAAGUACAUCAGAAGAUACACACUGGUGUGAGAGAUCAUAUGUGCUUUGAGUGUGAGAAGACUUUUAUUACAGCUGAACAUUUGAAACUGCACCAGAGGAUCCACACUGGAGAGAAACCUUACAAGUGUACACACUGCGACAAGAGAUUCAGUUGGUCAGGAUCCCUGAAAACACAUGAGAGGAUUCACACUGGAGAGAAACCUUUCAAGUGUUCACACUGCGACAAGAGAUUCAGUGAGUUACGACAUCUGAAAACACAUGAGAGGAUUCACACCGGAGAGAAACCUUACAAGUGUUCACUCUGCGACAAGAGAUUCAGUCAGUCAGGAAACCUGAAAACACAUGAAAGGAUUCACACCGGAGAGAAACCUUACAAGUGUUCACACUGCGACAAGAGAUUCAGACUGUUAGCACAUCUGAAAAGACAUGAGAGGAUUCACACUGGAGAGAAACCAUAUCACUGCACUGUAUGUGGAAAGAGUUUCACUGAUUCAUCUAAUCUACUUGUGCAUAACAUAAAGAUUCACAGUCAGUAGAUCAUCUUCAGAUCCAGCACUUUCAGGUGUGACGUCUCAUCCUCACCAAACAUGACACAAUAAUGCAUCUAGAAAUAAAAUCUCUUCUGUAUAAAUCUGUCCUAACAAAGAAACAUGAUCUUAAAUCCCCAUGAACAAAGUUCAUCUUCAAGACCAGCACAGUUUCAACUGUAACAUGUUUGUGUGCUGCAGCACUAAAGUAUCACCUGAAAGUUAAUUCAAAGGAGAAACCACAUUCAUGUUCUUUGUGUGGAAAGAGUUUUUCACAUCUGCAGAGUUUAAAACUUCAUCAGAGGAUACACACUGGUGUGAGAGAAUAUAUGUGCUUUGAGUGUGAGAAGACUUUUAUUACAGCUGCAGAUUUGAAGUGGCUCCAGAGGAUCCACACUGGAAAGAAACCUUAGUUUCAUCUGUCAGAUUCAGAUCAACUCGAAGAUGGAGUUCCUCCCCAAUAAACAAUAUCCACAAGUUUUAUUCCUAUAUAUCAUUUUGCUUCAUGAUAUUAAUGAAAUCAUUGUAUUUUCUUAUGAGUUUCAUUUAUCGUUUUAGUUUGUUUAGACUUUAAUGAAGGAAAGUUUUUUUUGUUGUUGUUGUUUGUUUGUUUGUUUGUUUUUUAUAUACAUGUGCUCUUGUUCUGGAAGCUGAAGAAGUAACAUUUUUGAACUGACAUUUUUUAAAAUCCAGUUUAUAUUGUUUUUAAAUAAAGGUGUUUUUAAAUUAAGUAGAUAUUCUUCCAUUUAUGAUGUGUUUAGAAAAUCCAUCAAUAUAUUGUAGCAUUGCAGCUGAUCCUGCUUUGCUUCUCUUGUAAGUAGGGAUGGGUACCAGAACC